CAAAAGUUUAUGGCUGAUAUGAUGCCAAAAGUGAGUAAAAUUCGUGAGCGUCACCCGUAUUUGAAUGUUCAAGUGGACGGUGGGGUGACCGUCGAGAAUGUGGAAAUAUGCGCGCAAGCUGGAGCGAAUUUAAUUGUUUCGGGCACCGGGGUCAUUAAAGUGGCUGAUCAAAAGAAAGCUAUCCUGGAAAUGCGUGAAAAAGUUUCAUCAGUCUUUCGAAAGUAA